AUGCACUCGAGAUUGCCUCAUAAAGCUGCUUGGUCUUAGAUUUUGAAUUCGUGAUUAUUUAUGCUUUUCUCCCCACAGUCAAGUCAAGUGAUAGUCAUGAGGGUUCUACUUCCGUUACUUAUUAUUGCUGUUUCAAUACAGUGGUCACACGCAGAAGACAUAGCAAUUUUGCCGACGGAAGCCACCGUAGCUGCUGGAAAUGAUAUUCAAUUUGUAUGUACGAUUAUGGCUGAUAUGCAAAUAGUUUGGCAAAAAACAAAAGCAGGAGAAGACGCUGUUGUUUUACAAGAUAAUUUGGACUACAUUACGAUAAAAACAACAACAGAAGAUGAUAAUUCUAAGACUGUUAGUGUCUUAAAGAUUAGUGAUUUGGAAAUAGAACGUGAUACCGCUGCAUACACUUGUCAAGAUUCUGAAUAUAGUCGAUCAUUCUCUGCCCAUUUAAAGGUAUAUCAACAUGUUGUUUUUGGAGUGUAUGAUGUCAGAGAUGACCAUUCCCGGAUAAUAUCAUAA